AUGCGUGAAUUCAAGGUCGUCGUCCUCGGUUCCGGAGGUGUCGGAAAGUCGGCCCUCACGGUGCAGUUUGUCUCUGGAUGUUUUAUAGAGAAGUACGAUCCCACCAUUGAGGAUUUCUACCGAAAAGAGAUUGAGGUGGACAAUUCUCCUUGCGUCCUGGAAAUUCUAGAUACAGCUGGCACUGAGCAGUUCGCGUCAAUGCGAGAUUUGUACAUUAAAAACGGGCAUGGCUUUAUCGUUAUGUAUUCUUUAACAAAUCAUCAGACAUUUCAGGAUAUCGCGAGUAUGAGAAAUGUGAUCAGUCGUGUGAAAGGUAGUCAACCAGCACCAAUCCUCCUAGUCGCCAAUAAGCUAGAUUUAGAUUGCCAAAGAGAAGUUUCAACGGCCGAAGGUAACGCCCUAGCGGAGCAGUGGGACUGUCCGUUCAUCGAAGCAUCCGCUAAAGAUCGCAUCAACGUGAACGAAGUGUUUGCCACCGUCGUCCGAGAGAUGAAUAUGACCUCCGAAAAGCGCCAGAAGAAAAGUUACUGUUGUUGUACAUUAUUAUAGAAGUGGCAUUAAGUCUAAUUUUAACCUAAUUAAUAAUAAUUAAUAAAACAAAAAACACAAAAUCAACACACACUAAACGCGCGAGGCGGCGGGAGGACGACAAUUACAGGACGCGCGCAGCAGGGAAGGGACCCCGGGGGUUGGGAGUGGCAGCAGAAAAAGUGAAGGUUGUGGUCCUCCGGGUGCUAUUGCCGAUGGUGCUGCAGUAUUGAAUCGUGUGCGACGAUCGCGAUCACUAACCUCACUCCGGUGGGGGUUUAACAACAGGUGAUCCCAAGAAAAACGAAUUAAAGAUACGCCGCGGGCCUACUGGCAGCAAUUACACAUCGUCCUCCGGGGGUCGAAUCACUCUUUUUCCGUUUUUUCUCGUCGCUCUUUGAAAGGGAAGUGCGCGUUUUCGGAAUAUUUUAACUCCUGUGGUACGCCUGGAAUGCUGCAAUACUCGCUGCAUCGGCGGCGAGCUACCGAGCAGGGUUUUGCUGCUGCUCCUGCUCGGAGCAAUAACGACUGACGGAGGGGCAUUUUGUUGGGGACGCAACAUUUGGGGGAUACUCCUCUUCGGGACAAGAGACCGGCCGGAAAACCCCGUGAAUGCUCUUGCAGCUUUGGGUGUGUACACUAGCGGAAGAGAGACGGCAAAGGGGCGAGUGCGCGCACGCAGACGGGGGGAAGCUAACCAAAUGCAUCCAAAAUAGAUAUUAGUGCUCUGGCGGGAGCGAACGGCAACGUAUAAAGAUGUAGGGAAGCUAAAUAAUAUAUUACAUGUAACAGAUAAUAAUUAUUGGUAAAACUAACUAAACUAUGUAUAUGUGGUUGGAAGUAGUAGCAAAAGGCCGCAAUAGCAAAACAGCUAAACGCAACAGACGCGAACACUCAAGCAAACAAUGAAACAGGCAAAACCUCCCUCCCCCCUUCUUACCAAUCUCCAGUUUUUUCACCUCAAUGGCAAAUGUGGUAUUGUGUGUAUACAUAUAAAUAUAUUCUGUGAGCCGCAGGCGACGAGAAUCGCUUCUGAGUUCUGAUAGCUGCGGCAGUGUCCUUGUCUCUCUCGCCGGGAGGAAGUCAAAAAGGGGCGCUGCUCUGCUGUGGGUGGGAAUUCCCCCAGUCAGCCCUUACCGUAGCCCUCUCUCUCUCGCACCAAUGAGCCACGGUGAUUGGGGGGAUGGUGCAUUGAAUUUCGGAAAUGGAAAACGCGUAGCUACUGGUAGAGAGGGGGAAGGAAGGAAGGACACAAACACACGGAUGGUUCUCAAUUUUUACACGAUAUUUUACGAAGAGAAACAGAAGAAGAAGAAGAAAAACACACGGGAACGCGACUAGACUGCAGUGCACCAGAAAAGGCUGGGUAGAAAAUUAAACAUUUCAUUAGGAAAGCAAAACAAAUCACACCAACAAAACCAAAACCAACAAAUUACUACUAGCAAAGUCACACGCACCCCCCCCCCCCCCCUUCCCUCCAUGAUCACACGCCAGAAAUCGACGCAAAUCGAACUCACAAACAAAAGUCAACUGAUCAAUUCGCAUCGGCCUCCGGCGCAUGUUCCGAAAAGCCGACUUUUCUCUCGUCUUUUUUGAGAUUAACGGAAUGUGUCCCGUCUCGCGUCCCCUCAACAAGGAUGGGUGGGCUGCGAACAGGCGGACGAAUGGUGAAAAAAAAGGAAAAAAGAAAAAGGUUGUUAUUUUUUGUCUUAUCUAUAUAUACAUAUAUACAUACAUGCAUAUUUUUUUAAGCUGAAUUGAAUUCAUCAACGUGUUGCACCUUCUUAACUGCACUGUCUUGAGUUGCUGCUUAUUACGUAUCUUAUAGGCAUUUUAUGUAAUGAAAAUAUGUGCCAUUUCCCGAAUGGCCUGGUACAGGAUACUUCCAACUAUUCCGUCUCUGGACGCUUAGGCUCUCGCCCCCGCUAAAAUGGCUCUGUGUUUUGUUUUUUUUAUACCCAUUUUUUGUCGCGCAUCAAAUCAAUUACCGUACGCACGAUGGAACGCCGCGCGCUUUGCCGGCUCGGCUUAUAGCAAACGGGGGCUCGUUCUGCACCGCGUGGGAGGACAGCAAGAACCUACUCCUCCUGCGAGCACUGGUUGGGCCGUGCUCCGACGAUGCCAAUGUGAUAGCGAACGCUACGAAAAUGAGAAGCAACGGAAAUCCAAAUUAAUUUUAAAUGCCCCCGAAACGCUGCCACACAGAAACACAUAUGGAAUUGUUCGUGUAGCGGGCGGGGUGUGCAACACUUAGCUAAAUUGUCAAAAAGAAAGUGAAAAAAAAACGCAAGUGAGCCUAGUGAAGGAAAGGCGUGCUCGCGUGAUCCUCCGAGUGAUCCGAAGCUUCUGUUUUCGUCUGAUUUCUCCACCUAGGUACGUACACCAAAAACAAAAAAAAAACGAUGGAAUGGAAAUGGGAAAGGGAAAAUCAACGACGGAGUAGGACUCAGAAGGGAUGUGUAGAGUUACAAUAAAUGAAAAAAAAACGAGUGCGAGAGAGAAAAGCACGAAUGGAAAAGAGAGAAAGUAACUCAAGAGUCGGAAAUUCAUAAGUAGUAACACAUGC